AUGGCCAAAUCUAGUAGAGCUACUUUGGCUCUGCUCAUCUACGGGAUCUUAAUGCGCUACAGCGCCCAAUGCACACCCAUCGGAAUGGGCUUCCCCAACAUGAGGCUAGAAAACGACGUGUUCGGGGAUGAAGGAAACUCGUUAAGUGAGCUCUCCUACGAGCCGGACACGGUGAGCGCGCGCAGUGCUCCAGCCCUCCCGGAGGACGCAUACACACUGUACUACCCAUCCGAGAAAAGAGCCGAAACGCAUGCAGACGGAUUGUUAGAUAGAGCCUUGAGGGACAUCCUGAUUCAGUUAUCAGCCCGAAAAUAUCUGCAUUCUCUGACGGCAGUUCGUGUAGGUGAGGAAGAGGAGGAUGAAGAAGACUCGGAGCCCCUGUCCAAGCGCCACUCGGACGGCAUUUUCACGGACAGCUACAGCCGCUACCGGAAACAAAUGGCCGUAAAAAAAUACCUUGCAGCAGUGCUGGGAAGAAGGUACAGACAGAGGUUUAGAAACAAAGGACGCCGCUUUGCUUAUUUGUAGCGGGGGAAAAAAGAAAGAAAGAAAGAAAGAAAGAAAGAAAGAAAGAAGCGCGCGCGCGAGAGA